AUGAAGUUCAGCACCAUCCUUCUCGUUCUCGCCCCUCUCGUCUCCGCAGCUGCUUCUAAAGAGGCUGCUGCUGGCCUUCCCGACCUUGCCUCGGCCAGUGAGAAGGGUCACGAUCUCUCAUCUCACGGCGAAGGACUUCAGCUCGCUGCCAAGGUCUGCCCAGCCAAGUUCCCAAGAAAGUGCUCCAUCGGCAACUUCUGCUGCCGAACUCUCAAGUGCUGCCAGAAGGAAUGCUGCCAGAACUCUGCGAGGUACUGCAGCAAUGGCCGUUGCUACAAAUAA